AUGAAAUCAGGCUGGAAAAUUCUUAAAUCAGAAGAUCGUAACUUUGAUUUACACUUUUGGGUCACAACAUUAUUAAGUGUGACUAAAGAAAGGAGGAAAGCUGAUCCUAACUUAGAUAGUUUAUUUAUUUCCACUAGAGGACUAGUGAAAGCAGCUUUAAGAUCUGUUAUAGCAAGUUGGGUUAAAACAGCUUUCAUCGAAGCUGGUAUUUUGUCUAGUCCAGGAAGCAUCAGAUCUGCAGUAGCUUCAUUUAGAUACGCUAAUAAUAUUUCUUUAGAGGAAAUAUUACGUAAAGGGAAUUGGAAAAGAAAUAAUAAUUUCUUUAAAUACUAUUGCAAGACUGUUUCAAAGCAAGGCCUUGCCGCCAUGCUCACGGAAGUGGUACUGACAAAAGGUCGCGGUGCGUUCCGCGCCGCUGACGUCUUGCCUGCUGCCCGAUUCUGCGAGACGGAUACAGCUGCCCUCUUGGUUACUCGCACUGGUUAG